AUUAUGGCAACAGUACUACACAUCUGCCUAGGAACAUUAGCCUUCUUGAUGGCGAUUUGCAUAAGACCAAUAAAUGGGAGACCUUUUCUGCAAAAUGAAAAGGAAAUAUUUCCUGGUGGCACCAAUGAGGAAUUUCAAGACAAGUUAAUAACAGUGUUACUCCAAAAGAUCCCUGGAUUCAACAACCAAGUACUGGCCUCUGAUCUGGAACUGGCAAAUAAAUUUGCAGAAAUAGUACAGAUGGAAAGGAUAAAGGAACAGCUCUGGGAUGGGAAAGAUUCUGAGAUUUCUAAUACAGUAGAGAAUGUUAUACCUUCUAACCCUGAAAAAAGAGCUUGUUUUUGGAAAUACUGCGUCUGAUAUGCAGAAUAUAUGAGAGGAUAUGCAGAAUCAAGGACAAAAUUUGUGAAUGUAGCACAUGAUGUAUAUUGGCCAUAGGAUAUCACUAAGAGACUUUCUAAGUAAUGUACUGUAAUCAUAAUGUUACCAAUAUCUCAGGUGAUUUUAUACUUUGAUUUCUUACUAAAUCAAGUAUGUAUGAGCACACUUACAUAUUUAUCACUUGUGAAAACUGUAAUUAAAAGAGUACUCUUACUAUUUCUAUAAUACUCUCCAGAUGACUGUAAUAUAUUAAAUCACUUGAUGUGAAUAA